AUGGGGGAAAUGGUCCGGACAGAAUUCGUCCACGGAAUAACGGUAGCAAACGCUAAGUGCGAAAACGCCCAAAGGCUUGAUUCAGUGGAUUUGUGGGAUGUCGGCGUGACUACCACUGAUGUCACCAAGGUCUCAAAGCCUGCUGUUUCUGAUUCUGUUUUGAAGUCUCCAUCUGAGUGGGAGGAUCCCCGGAAGGACCUUAGUUCUCUAUCCAGUGGAAACCUACCAGCUUCAAACUUGGCUGCUAAGGGACCAGAGGAAGAGGAGGAAGAAGAGGAAGAAGAAGAAAUGCUAACUAUUAAGGAAGAAGGGUUUGUGCUUCUGAACUCCACCCACAAUGAAAUGGCCAAGCCUGAAAGUCUUGGCUCAGAGAUCAUAGAAAACACUGAUAAUUUGGUUACUGCAGUUAACUCACUGCCUUCUCUCAGUCUCAAAGACCUUCGAGUGGCAGAUAAUGUUGUCACCCUUUCAGGAACAUCUUCCAAAGAAAGGCAUCUGGUUAACAAGAAGGCAGACAUCUUGAGACCUCCAGAUGAGAAUGUCACUAAGGAAAAGUUAACAGGAGACAUUGGCUCUUGGAGGCAGCUCUCAACCACAAAGGCCCAUGAUGCCAUGAUAGACCCUGACAGCUCUUCCGUUUUCUUGAAAGCCCCUUCAGAAGGAAGUGAAACAUUAAGAAACAAUCUUAUGGUUUCCUCUCCAAACUCCCGUGUAAAAGUUGCAGCUUCUGCAAACACAGACAAAGGGCUGACUAGAAACCCUUCUAGAGCUUAUGCUGCCUCCAGAGAUGCUGUGAAGCCAUUGCAAACAGACUUGAAACCUCACCCUGGAAGCAUGAAAGGAGAAGUUUGUAGGCAAGGGACUCACCUAAAAGAGAUCCCCAUUCGAAAGUAUGAUCCAACUGGCUUUUUGGAAAUGACAGAAUUGCAGAAGAUCUGCCUGAAGCCAGGUCUGCGCGGGCCACCAGGACUGCCUGGCUUGCCUGGUUGCCGGGGGAGACGUGGACCAGUGGGGCCAAAAGGAGACAAGGGAUCUCCUGGUGCAAUUGGACGAACUGGCCCUACAGGUGACCCAGGCCAUCCAGGGGUCCCUGGGCCCCCAGCCAUCAUUCUCUGGAGGAACUCCAAGGAGGACUGGCUGGCAUUCAUGCAAUCCUCAUUCUACCAGCUUCUUCAUGCUGGCUGGCCGCGCCAGCCAGGACUUCCAGGAUCCAUGGGUCACCUGGGAAAGCCAGGAUUGCCUGGCCCUCCUGGCUAUCCAGGGGAUCCAGGUGAAAAAGGACACAUGGGAUACCAGGGUGAACCUGGGCCACCAGGUCUCCCAGGGCAUCCAGGUUUCCCUGGGACAGAUGGACUUCCGGGCACAGACAGAACACCUGGACCACCUGGGAAGCCAGGGGAACAGGGCCCACAAGGAUUUAAGGGGGAUCAGGGGCUUGCUGGAGAAAGAGGAGAAGAGGGCUUUUGGGGGGACCCCGGGCCUCCUGGUGAAAAAGGCAGAAAAGGAGCAAAGGGUGUCAAAGGAGAAAUUGGCCUUUCCGGACCCAUUGGGCUCCAGGGUGUGAUGGGCUCUAAAGGGCCUCCUGGGUUCCAGGGUCUUCUGGGUCCAGUGGGAGAUCCUGGCUCCAUGGGCUGUUCGGGACCAGCAGGGCCAAUGGGAGAAAUGGGGCCUCCAGGGUUGCGGGGGCCUCGAGGUCCUCAGGGCCCGCAAGGAUUGCAAGGGAGGCGUGGACCCCCAGGCCUUACUGGAUCACAGGGUCCUGUUGGAAAAGAAGGAUCCCCUGGCACCAAAGGUGACUCGGGAGCCAGUGGGCUUCCUGGUCUUAGAGGAACACGUGGACAGGAAGGUGUAGUGGGUGUGACGGGCAUGCCAGGCCUACAAGGACCUCCUGGAGACCAAGGCAGCAGAGGUCCAGAGGGGCCUAAAGGGGAUCCCGGAAUCAAAGGUGACCAGGUAUGGGUACCAGAGGCAUACGAGGGACAAGAGGUCCUCCAGGAAUUCGAGGGGCCUUUGGUUUCCAAGGGUUUCCUGGACCAAAGGGGCUACCUGGAUUUCAUGGACCUGAAGGAGAAGAAGGGCAGAUCGGUCCUCCUGGUCAAAAUGGCACUGAAGGGUUUAAGGGCAGUCGUGGUUUGGAUGGCCCCAAAGGAAGGCCAGGAGCACGAGGAAACAGAGGCCGGAUGGGCCAGCGUGGGCUCACUGGAAUGCCAGGACCUCCAGGCUUACGAGGCACUUCAGAAAUCCACGGCGCAGAAGGAAAGCCUGGUACACAGGGUGCCUCUGGUGUUGUGGGGAGCCCUGGCAGAAAGGGACCACCUGGCUUGGUAGGUUUCCAAGGUGACCAAGGACAUGAUGGGCCUCCAGGAUCAAUAG